GGGCGGUUUAGGUGCCAUAAUUAAAGUUGUUUAGAAACCGAGGCAAUUGGUCGAUUCUGUGUCGCGUGGAAGCCUGCAGUCUGAGUGAAUGUUUCGGCGGGGCUGAACCAAAAAGUUGAGGUCCGGUCGCGGCCUCCAUGCUUCAUGACGCUAGUGACCCCGCCGUCCCGUCCAGGCACUCCCGCGGCGUCCGCAUCAUCCAUGUUUCCUUCAUGUGACCAGGCGAUAGCUCGCUAUUGCUCUAAUGCAUUUGCGGUUGAUGGUGCGAGACACUCAACAACCAGCUUUAGAGUUUAUGGCGCGGAAACUCAGUUGUCCGAUGCGCGCAAGCCGAGGCUGCACAUUGGGUUUGUGUGAUGGCCAAGACUUCCGAAGCGCCUCCAUCAUCGGACAUAGCUGGUCAGCACAAGCCCCGCGAAACCCUGUGGCACCAUUGAGUACUGCUUCAUGGUCUCUCGACCUUUUCGGUGACAAUGACUGACUACAAGCCGGAGAGUCUGGUCGCGGCCAUUCGCCAGUCCCCUCCAAUCGACGUUACGACUCCCUUCGACGCGGCCUGGGUUAAAGACAAGGUCAUCUUGAUUACAGGAGGAGCAAGCGGCUUCGGUGCUGGCUUCGUGCGACUGUGGGCGAAACAUGGAGCUACAAUCAUUGUCGGCGACAUCAAUGUGAAUAUGGGCGACACGCUUGUGCGCGAUGUGCGCAAGGAGACAGGCAACGAGCGUGUGCACUUCGUGCAUUGCGAUGUCACAGAUUGGCAGUCGCAAGUCAAUCUGUUUAAAGAGGCAGUCAAACUGAGUCCCCAUGGGGGCCUGGAUACAGUCGUCGCAAACGCAGGAAUUGCAGGGGCAGAUGUCUUGCCAGAGGGCAAGAAUCUUGAUGCCGCAGAGCCGCCACCACCCAACUUCAAGAUCAUGGAUGUGAACUGCACUGGUGUCUUGUACACGACGCAUCUCGCAUACUUUUGGCUGCCCAAGAACCCCGGUUCGAAGCCAUGCAGCAUCGACUCGAUGCCUUCCACAACAUCACCGCGCGACAGACAUCUGCUUCUGGUCGGCUCAGUAGCGUCACUCCUGCCCCUCGCGAUACAACCACAAUACAAUGCGGCAAAACACGCGGUGCUUGGCCUAUUCAGGAGCCUGAGGGCAACAAGCUCGAUGCAAGGGAUACGGGUGAACUGCCUGUUACCAUACUUCAUCGAUACACCCAUUAUCCCCAUAGUCGGCCGUAUCUUGCUGGCUGGUGGCGCAACGGGUCAAGUGGAAGACGUGGUUGCUGCAGGCACUCGCUUUGUGUCUGACAGUCGCAUUCUUGGUCGCUCGCUAGUCGUCGGACCGAAGGUGCAUCUCCGUCAGAAGGUCACUGGCGAGUGGGACUUGGUGACGCCUGGGUCACCUGGCAGCAUUGAGACGGCGGUGUUCGAGCCCUACGCAGACGACUGGGAAGACGUAGACCUCUGGGACCGUAACCUCGUCAAGAUUUUGAAUCUAGUCCAGGCUGGCAGAGGUUGGGCGGGAUGGGCUCAAGAUAUCGUUAAGGCUGUCUUUUACGGGUUUGGAUUUGGACGCAAAUGAUUGCGAACGGUCACGCGCCUGAUCUACGGGCAGACCGGAUAGUUCGGCAUAUACAGUAACCAUGAAGGAUCGUCGGCGGCGGAAGAUCGUUAAAACAUUCAUUCUCCAUAAAAAGGGUCGAGCUGUGUGGGUGUAUGGGCAUUUCAUGUAUAUGCUUAGUCGUCGUAUAGCAUGCGAGACAUGCGCUUGAUAUUGCAGAAUUGCAUGGCACCAAGCAUGGGGAACUUCAAGUAAAUUGGGUGCCACGUAACAUUGACGAUGGCAAGGCACUCCGAUUGGGACGACCGAUGACGUAGUGUGCACAUACAGGGAAGCUGCGGAUGCGCCAACGACGGGAAUUAACCUGCUACGGUUAAAACCACCCUUGAUUUUGAACUUGAACAUCAUUUAGUG